CUCAUGGAACAGAGCUCCUACCAUGGCACCAGCCCUCACUUUACCUGAGAACCCCCCAGCAGAGCCCAGCAAGGAGGGCAUUUCAGAGAACCUCAGCUCCACAGCUCGCUGUUGCAAGGUGAGGGAGAGGAGGGAGGACUGGAAGCAUAGGAGUGCCAUUACUUUGCAUUCACUUUGGCCAAAGGAGCUGCCAAAGGGCAGGUUGACAUCGCCAGCAAGGGACAGUCACCUGGGAAUGGGAGCUGGUAGCACUGGUAGCACAGGCAUCACUGUUUCCCUGCCCUGGGCGGUGCAGCACUGCCCUAAUGCCACGAAUUGAGAUGUGAUAGGAGCGGCCACGUCAGCUGAUGGAGACACCGGCUAUAAAGUGCCUGCUGGCCCCAUGGUGGAGGCACAAGGGAGCCCACCAUGGCCAACGUGGUGCCUGCCUGCCUGCUCCUGGCCCUGAUGCUCCUGGCCCCAGCCCUGUCAGCACAGCAGGAACGAGGGCUCAUCUUCAACUUGGAGAUUGGGGAGCUGUGCCUGCAGAGUGUCCAGUGCAAGAGUGGCUGCUGCCACCGGGUCAGUAGCCUCAGCAUGGCUCGAUGUGCACCGAAGGCAGCCGAGUUCCAGGAAUGCACCCCAAGGAACAUCUAUGAGGUCUAUUACAAGUGUCCCUGUGAGAGUGGCUUGACCUGUGAUGCUGAUAAGACCAUCGUGGGCUCCGUUACCAACACCAACUUCGGCAUCUGCAAGGACCCCCGGGGCUUCUACAGGCGGUGAAGAAAGAGACCCCCUGGAGUCCCUGCCCCUGCCACCCU